GUCGCUAGAGGGCGCUUCACACGCGUUGGACGCGUCUUCGCGCAACUCCGUUAUAAUACUUUUUUUUUUGCAAGGGCAUUAGACGACGACGAAUCAUCAUCAAUCGUGUACCGCUUGUAUACCGCUAACUGCGUUCUCUCAAUCUAUCUUUCAUUACGUUAGACAGAGAAUAAUAGACGUUUAUAAAAGCAAGUUACUACGGGCUUACGAGACGUUACACGAAGUUUCUUUUUUUUUGCUCUUUCUUUUCAUUUAUUCGUCGUCAUUAUCGUUAUCAUCUAACAGUUCUUCUUCUACUAGAAGAAGGAAAGAGAGUAAGAGAGAGAGAGAGAGAGAGAGAGAGUUCAAACAUAACGGUUAAUCGUGCCCGAUCGUCGAUCGUUGCUUUUUCUCGAAGCUUGGCGGGAGUUUAGAUUUACGAGAGAAGUUAUAAACACAACUACGAAGAUAAAGUUAUUCGUCAAAAGCUUACUACGGGCCGUGUGCAAUAUAUAUAUAUAUAUAUAUAUAUAUAUCAUACAUACAUAUAUAUAUAUAUAUAAAUCAUUUUCCGAAGGCUUCUUUUAUACGCAUCGUUUUUCGAAAGGAUCAACGAUUAUUUUUCUCCUUACAUUUUUCUUUCGUUUCUCUCUUUUUCUUUCUGUUUUUUUUUUCUUCUUUCUUUUUUUUUUUUUUUAAAUUCUCUCGCGAGUGUACUCUUUUCGUCGCGUGUGUGCCAAGAGAUAUACGAAGAAGACAAAAAGCGCGCGACGAGCCGGUUCGAAAUUCGCACGCGCGCUUCAACGCGUUCCAGCCUUUCGUCGUCAUUCUCCUUCUCCUCUUCCUACUAUCUUCUCCUCCCUCUCUCGUCGUCAUCGUCGUCGUCGUCGUCGUCGCCGCCGUCGUCGGCGUCGUCACCGUCGUCGUCUCGCGAAGGCUCGCGCGCAAGUGCGUGCAACGUUGCCGGAUCAAAGUUCUCGCGGGCGCCUUAUGACCAAGAGAGAAUUCUAACGUGAGAAGAAAAUGUUACGAGGAAAGUGUGAGAGAGAGAAAGAGGGAUAGGACGAUUGUGUGUGUGUAUAUAUAUGUAUAUAUAUAUGUAUAUACACACAUAUAUAUAUAUAUACACGUAUAGAUAUAAUAUCAUCGAGGGGAAAAGUAAUAUACUCGAAGGAAGAAUAUAAAGACAGAAGAAAAAAAAACCGAAAAAGACGAAAGAAAGUGAGUGAGUGAGAGAUAGAUAGUGAGAAAGAGAGAGAGAGAGAGAAAGAACGAGAAAGAGUGAGAGAGAGAGAGAAAAGACGACGAAGGCUUCUCGUCGUCCUCGUUCGUGAACGUUGGAAGUUUGUUUUCAGCCUUUCCGUCGGUCUCUCGCGCUUGCCGCGUUGCCAGAUUUCCAAGCGACGAACCGUGUUCGUCGUGUCUCGUCGCGUACCGCCUCCCCCUCGCCGUUUUACUCCUCUUCACCCUCCUCCUCCCUCACAUCAUCACCAUCAUCAUCAUCAUCAUCAUCAUCAUCAACAACAACCUCCUUCUUUCUUAAAAACUUGCGAAAACAUUUUCGUGAGAAACUUUACGUGCGUGUUGAAAAACAGAAUAUAUAUAUAUAUACACACACACAUAUAUAUAUAUAUAUAUAUGUAUGUACGAUUGGGAUAUACAUUUAGUGAAAGGUAUAUAUCGAUGAUAUCGAUUAUCAAAGUCUGGCAUUUUCUGGAAAUUAUUAUUUGAUUGUUUUUCGCGCGUGAUUUUUGAGUGCCCGAAGAAAAAAGGAAAAAAGAGAGAAAAGACGAAGAAAACGAAGAAGAAGAAAAAAGAAACAGAAGAAGAGUUUCGCAAACGGCCGAGAGAGGAAGGAACGCGCGCGGCCAUUAUUCGAAAUUCGGUUGGAUCGCGCGUUCGUGCGACGUUGCCAGUGUGGUUUUUGUUAGAGAAGACCGGGCGGCGCGAGUAUUUCAACGCGCUUUCGAGAGACACGACGAUUCCAAGAAGGAUAAUCAUCUCUCUUUCUCUCUUCUGUUGGGCGGUGGUGCGAGCAAGUAGACGACAGUAAUACGAUUAGAAAAGAAGUGAAAGAAGAAGAAGAAGAAGGAAAAGAAGAAAAAAGUGAGAGAGAGAGAGAGAGAGAGAGAGAGAGUACGGUUUCUUUAUUUUUUUCUUUUUUGUUUGCCUCCCUCUUUUUAUGUGUCCGGGUGAAAAGAAUUUCGAUUACGUCGGUUCGACGCGGGCUUUCGAACGACGACGUUUCGGAAGUGUUAACAGUAAUUUCGUGAGAACGAAUAGAAAGGGACAGAUUACCACGUGAUUCAGAGAGGGAAAAGAAUACAUUCUACGAAGUAUAUAUAUAUAUAUAUAUACAGAGACACUACAUACGCGAUAUUAUAUCGUGUCGUCGAGUAGAGAAAGAAAGAGAGAGAGAGAGAGAGAGCGACGUUGCCGCGCUCUAGAAAGAGCAACAACGAAAUAUGAGCGCACGAGUGUUGAAUCCGGCUAUGAUGACGGAAAUGAGUCGGAACAUAGGGGGAGGGCGAACGGUGCCGAGCAGGGCAGCUCUUGCGCGCGUUAGAAGGGAUCUCUUCGGUCCCGUCGACCAUGCCGCGGCUCGUGCAUUGGCCGAACGCGAGUUACGUGCACAAUCGUUGCUCGACAACGAACGUUGGGGAUUCGACUUUCACUUGGAAAUACCGAAAUCGAAUUCCCGAUACGAAUGGGAGAUCGUUACCGCUAAUGACGUCGUACCGGAACCUUAUGCACUACGUGGUAUGCCGUAUUUGAGGAAACACGCGCCUUCUACACCAAGAAAAAAACGAGAUGAGAAUGUGCAACAACAACAGCGAUCAUUGAUUAUCGCUAGUACUGGUGCUACUACUACUACUAGUACUACUACUAUUACUACGACGUCUAUUCCUCCCCAACGAACGUUGAAUGGAACGACCAAUGUGAAAGUAGCGGCGUUGGCAGCAACAACAGCAGGAGCAACAGCAGCUACUGCGGUCGUUGUCGUUGCUGAUAUUUCAGCGACGACGACGACAGCGACAACGACGACGAUAGCAACAUUGCCAACGACAGCAACAACAGAUCCUUCUUCUCCCCCCUCUCUUCCUGCUAUCGUUGCCAAUGGAAAAUCAAAGAAAACGACAACGAUUGUUACUACUCCACAACGUGCCGAAGACAAAUUGGUAUCCGUUGUUCUUCCAACCGACGAACUUCUCGAUGAGAAUACCGAUUCCGAAAGGACGCCACCUCAACGGGAACGAUCAAGGAUACCAGAGAUCGGCGAAAUUACGCCGAACGAGACCUCGUCCUACGAUAAUAAUUCGUACGAGAGUCCUAGGAAAAAGAAGAAGUACUCGAUCGAAUCUAAUAACACCAACAACACCAAUAACACCACCCCUGUAUUGCCGGCUAACACGAGGAAACAGUCGACGAUUACCCACUUCAUGAAGAGCCGUAAACGUAGCCUAAACGGUAGCACGAAGGGCGUAAUAGAACCACCGGAAAAGGUUGCACGUAAUGCUGGACAAAUACGCAGCUAAAGAGCCUUCGGCAUUCUCCUUCAGCCUCGCCAUUAAUUUUCUUCCAGUUUCCUUCGAUGGACCAGAACAAUAUAUCCACUUGUAAUAAAUAAAUUUGUAAACAACGGCAAUUUGCGAAACGAUUUGAAGAAAUACGUGAAUGAGAACAAAACAUUGAGAAAAAGAAAAACGGGAACAACAAUUAACAACCACAACAAUAACAAUAAUAAUAAUAAUAAUAAUAAUAAUAAUAAUAAUUAGAAUCAUAAUCAGUAUCAUAAAAGAACUCAUUUCGUUCUUUAAGGUGAGAAAAUAAUUAGAAAUUAUUGAAAUUAUAAUUUUAAGAUAUUGAAAGGUAUUGAAGAUAGUUAAGAUAAGAUAAGAUUAAGAUGAAGUUGAAGAUGAAGAUGAAGAUGAAGAUGAAGAUGAAGGGACAUACACAUACACUUGAAGAAAAAGUUAAAUUAGGGCGAGGUCCUUUAGGCUGUGCCAUUCUCACAUAGAUUUUAUCCCUAGCCCACGAAUACGUCGGCAAAAAGAAGAAAGUAAUGACAAAGACGAAAAAAAACAAACAAACAAACAAAUAUAAAAUACGAACACAUAAAAACGAAACGAACACGCGAAAAAUUAGUAAACGAAAUUAAUAUAUAUAUAUAUACAUAUAUAUAUAUAUAUAUAUAUAUAUAUAUAUAUAUAAUUAUUUUUCCUCUUAAUUGUUUAUUUUUCUUUUUCAAUUUUUUUUUAAAAAGAACUUUUAUUCCCCAUAAUCAAAGUACCACCGUAAUGUAUAGUUUUUCUUUUUUUUUUCUCGCGUUCGUGGGGUUUGUAUACAAUUAUGAUAUCCUCCGAGUAAGAAAAAGAUUAUAGUUAGCAUCUUAAGACAGCUAGUAAAUAGUAUCGACAAUAUCGGUAGCAACAGCAGCAGCAACAACAUAAUAUAUAAAUUUAUAUAUAUAUAUAUAUAUAUAUAUAUAUAUAUAUAUAUUUAUAUAAAGAAAGAGACGACGACUUUCGAUGAAAAAAAAAAAAAAUUAAACAAGAUAUAUAAAAGGAGGGAGUGAUUUAUUUUGUCAAGGUCGUCGAUAUUUUUUUAUCAUUCACAUGGGCUUUUUUUUGCAUAAGUGUUUAAGUAGAUUAAUAACUACGAUUCGGUCAUAUAUAUAUGUAUAUGUAUGUCUAUAUCUAUAUGUAUAUGUACAUGGAAUGACGAGGAUGUUGAUCACGCCGAUGUUAACAAUAAUGAUGAUGAAUAGUGAUUAAACUUAUAAUGAUGAGAUAUGGCAAUGGUAAUGGCAAUGGUGAUGAUAAUGAUGAACAUGAUGAUGAUGAUGAUGAUGAUGAUGAUGAUGAUGAUGAUAGUGAUGAUAAUGAUGAUGGUGGGUAACAGCUAGCUUUGAAAGGAUGAUUAAGGAAUGAAAAAAAAAACAAACAAACAAACAAUUAGUAUAAGAGUGCUCUUUUUGUCGAAAUUAAUUAUUAUUGUAAUAUAUUCUACACACACACACACACACAUAUAUAUAUAUAUAUAUAUAUAUAUAUAUAUAUAUAUAUAUAUAUAUAUAUAUGUAUAUAUAUAUAUUUUUUUUUUCUUUUCUUUUCUUUUCUUCGUCUCGGACAUAAACGAAAGAUCAUUGAUAAAUUAAGAUUAAGAGUUAAAUGUUUGUGUGAUGUUUGUUUAUGAGAGCAAAUUAAAAAAAAAAAACAAAAACAAAACGAAAAUGAAUGAAUGAAUGAUCGAAUGAAUGAACGUAACGAACGAACGAAUGAAUGAAUGAAUUUUGAAUUAGGUUUUGUGUAUUAGAGUAUGAUUUAAGGUAUGUUUGUUUGUGUUCUAGAUUAAUAUUAUAGGAAUUAGAUAUUGAAAAAUAAGAUUUAAGUUUAGAGAGAAAGAGAGAGAGAGAGAGAGAGAGAGAGAGAGAGAGAGAGAGAGAGAGAGAGAGAG